AUGUCGGUGUGCGUUCAAAGCGUCGAGGUGUUCCAACUGUUUCACAAAACUCGACCUCUCUCGUCGACGUCCGGUCAGCACGUGACGCGCUACGCCGACACCGUGAGUGUGUUGCGAUCAUCGACGUGCGAACGAGAGAUUUAUCUCGUCGGCACGGCGCACGUGAGCGAGAAGAGCGCGCAAGAGGUGGCGGAGCUCGUUCGGCGCGUGCGGCCUACUGUCGUCGCGGUGGAGCUGUGUGACGAGCGUUUGGCGACGAUGCGAGAGACGAUCGCGAAAGAGCGCCGGGGCGAGAAAAAGGGUGAGGGAGGGACGUCGGAGUUCGUUCGCAGGGCGGUGAGAGACUUUUUCGGGGCUUUUACCGGUGCGCGCGGUCCGGGGAAUGUCGCCGACGGCUUGCUCGGCGCGGCGAUGAAGACAUUUUACGGAUUUUUCCGCUUGAGUGGACUCGAACCGGGGAAGGAGUUUAAGGAGGCGGUGAAAGAGGCGGAGGCAUUAGGUGCGCAGGUAGUGUGUGCGGACAGAGACGUGAGGGAAACUCUACGGCGGCUACGAGAGAAUUUGUCAUUUGACGACGUCAUGGCAAUCGUGAGUGGGCGCGUGCGACCGGGAGGGCCAUCGCCGCCUCCCGGAAUAGAAGGCGGGAUGGAUGACAUCGAAAACGUAGUCGAGAGUUUGAAGACACGAGCAAAUGUUCGACAGAUGCGGGAGUUUCUGGAGUAUCAGUUCCCGCGCGUGUCUAAAGUGUUCAUCGAAGAGAGAGACGACAUCAUGUUCGACGCUCUGAUGCGGAUUCGCGCCGAACGAGUCGUCGCAGUCGUGGGUAUGGCGCAUAUGGAUGGAAUCGAGCGACGAUGGGAAGAGACACAGGAACGACUCCGAUUGAGGGGGAGAUGA